CACAACUUUGUAAAUCAGUAAAUUCACUGGAAUUCUCAGUUUUAUUGUUCUUAUAUUUCUAGAAAAGAAUUCAUUUUUUAACGGGUUUGCCGUUUUCACGAGCUGAAAUAUUCAGUGUGCCGUAGUGAAAGGAGUUGACGCAGAUUUAAUGAUUUUAUCUUGUUCCCUAGACCUUGGCCAUUACAACCUACACAUGUUUCUUUAUUUCUCUUCAAAUUUGUGUAUUGUCGCAUUGAUUUGACCAAUAAAGUCCAGACACCUACACAACGUACCUACUACCUAUCAUACGAACCGUUGACUCGGGUAGUCAGUGGUUCGCAGAAUCGCAGUUGUUAUUUUUAGUGAGUAUUUAGCUUGUGGCUGGUUGUGACUGCUGAGAGUCUCUCGUGGUGCAAGAUUGACCAUGGCAACUUUUGGCUCCUUUGGAUCACAGCCGGCGACGUCCGCAUUUAACUUCGGAGCCCCAGCAACAACGGCCCCAACUUUAUCAUUCGGCGCACAACCCUCAACUGGAUUUGGCUUUGGCGCCGCUUCCACGGCUAGCAAACCCAGUGGCUCAUCGUUUUUUGGCACUCCCGCCACAACAGCGUCCACAACCUUUGGUUUCCCUAGCGCGGCCACGUCUUCGGCUUCCAAUCUCGCUGCUCAACCGGGAUCCGCAUUCGGAGCUACCGCCACAGCCAACAUAUAUCAGUUUCCCAAAAAAACUCAAGACCAAAGUACCAGCACGGCAGGGCCAUCACAAUCGCAGUCAACGACGACAAAUGUUAAAGUGGGAUUCUCAGGAAUGAAGCCGAGGGAUCACAUAAUUGACGAUCCCCUCAAAUCUGAAGUACUCGAAUUGGAAAAGCGAAUUAGGAAAUUUCGUGACACCCAGAAGGGGGCCGAUGCUUACACUCUGCAGGACGCCACCGAAUGGGAAGUGGAAAUUAAAGACUACGAUCGCACGGCCUCGAAAAUCCAGAAGAAACUUCAGGAGACUUUCAGUGUGAUCGAUGUGUUGCGGAAAAAUGCAGCGCGUUUGUAUUCCAACACGCUUCUCUCCACGCGCCUGAGUAGCAGUCCUUCUGCGUAUUACAGUAUUGCGUCUGCCAUUGAAUCAUAUUUCAUGGAAGUGAUGUCGGGUUUGCGCACGGAAAUGGAAAUUCUGGAAGAUGAGCUGAAUCACUUGGAGAAUCUCCACGAAGAUCUUUUGCGAUCGGGAAAUGAACGUUAUAAUCCGCGGGAUUUGCAAGCGACCUACGCGUAUUUGUCCAAAAUUGUCGGUGGGAUUGCCGUAGCUGUCGAUGAAAUGUUGAAAAUUGGUCAGGAUUUACGAAAAGAAAUCCAGAUUAUGAAAGGAGGUGGUGGACCAGUUGCCGUCCCACAGCAGGCGUUUAUGGCACAGGAUGUUGCGCAAUUGUCCGCUGCCCGAUCGUUGUUCAGUGCACCGACCAUCGCUGCCUCUGCUACUCCAAAACAUUUAUCAGCGUUGUCCAAGUCACCUUUGUUGCAACAAGUGAACGCAGACCAACAGUUUACGAUUUUUAAUCCGGCGAUGCGCGCUUUGAAUCGAAUGGACAGUAUGAGCACCCCCGCGAAGUCCACCAUUCAAAGCAGCUCUACUUCGUCUGCAGGAAAUCGCCUGGGGGGAUUUGGAUUAUUUCCGGGAGCGACUUCACCUGGAUUUUAACUACAGUGCGAACUUGGAAGCACUGAUGCCUUCGUUUGCCUUGAGAAAGGAUUUUUUCUGUACCGUAUAUCCGGCAUGGCAUUUGCUUGCUUUUUGUACUCGAUCCUUUCAUAAGUCGAUCAUACGGUAAUGAAAUCGAAAAGAUUGUCAGCUUUCUACUGAAAAAAAAAUUAAAAACGGUUGAAUAAAUGUUUCCAGUAAAUUGGUAAUAUUUCAUGGUGCCUGACGCCUACCAUAGAGCAGAGCAGAACUUAAUAAACUGUAUUGUUUUCUGA